CUCGUGCCCUCAUUUGGGGCGGUGUCGCGGAGGGAACCGUGCGCGAUAGGCACGCUUCCUGCACGGACGCCGCGACCGCCACCCUCGCGGGGCUCCUCCUGAAUGCUAGAACGCGCUCCCCGUUCUCACGAUUUGUCAGCCUGCCUCCCAGCGCGUCCACAGUAAUCGUGCGGAAUCGCUGCCGUGUGCGCGUCCCCGCUGUGGGUCGGACUGGAACGUUCGAAAUUCAGCACCGUCCGCCUCGUCUUCCAAACGCACCCUCCACCCUCCGACCACCACCAAACCACACCAUGUCGCACGGCAAGCAGUUCACCCUUUACACCCACAACGGUGGCCCCAACGGCUGGAAGGUCGCGUUCGCGCUCGAGGAGCUCGGCUUGACGUACGAGAGCAAGUACCUCGACUUCGCCAAGGGCGAGCAGAAGAGCGCGGAGCACACCGCGCUGAACCCGAACGGGCGCAUCCCGACGCUCGUGGACCACAAGAACAACGACUUCACGGUGUGGGAGUCGAACGCGAUCCUGCUCUACCUCGUCGACCGCUACGACCCGGAGCACAAGCUCAGCGUCACGGACGAGAAGGACAAGUACGCGCUCCUGCAGUGGCUCUUCUUCCAGGCGUCCGGCCAGGGCCCGUACUUCGGCCAGGCGUUCUGGUUCUUGAAGUACCAUUCGGAGAAGAUCCCGAGCGCGGUUGAGCGCUACCAGAACGAGGCGAAGCGCGUGUUCACCGUGCUCGACGGCGUGCUUGCGAAGCAGGGGUGGCUCGUCGGCGGCAAGCCCACGAUCGCGGACAUCUCGUUCAUCACCUGGAACCGCGCCGCCAUCUACGUCAUCUUCCAGGGCACAGACGUCAACCCCGAGAAGGACUUCCCCGCGGUCUGGAAGUGGCAACAGGCACUCGAGGCGCGCCCGGCUGUCGCGAAGGUGCUCGCGAUCCAGGCGGCCAGGCUAGGGCAGUGAGCAUUGAGCGGUUGCGAACAUCAUUCGAGGACGGAACGUCGUAUCUGUGAACAUGUAUCAAUAUCAGUGGGAAACACGAUUUGGGUGAAAUCCCGGACAUCAAAAGAC